CUCUGUGAGUCACAAGCAUUGUUUGUUUAAAUAUAUGCAUCUAUUCUCAUACCACAACUCACUCGAAGUAGCAUGCUAAAAGCACUGUCUGAUAUUAGCGAUCAAGCUCUACAGUAAUUAUACAUUACAGCACACGCGUAUUUAUGGUAAUCUUGCUAAUAAUCUAAUAUUUACACUCAAAGGGUUUUUUCUUGCAAGGGUGGAUAUGUCAUGUGCAUGAGCAGCAUUGCCGACACGGGGCGCUGCUCGAGACGCCCCUGGGUGUCCCCGGGCUCGGUUGGUGACGUCACUGCGUUCCCGAGCAUGCUCACAAAGCGUCCGAAAUAAACAAUAGCGGCGCUGCAAGGACGGGUUUGAGCACCGCCUGAGGAAGAAGAGCUAACCGGAGACCGGGAAUAACCAGCUGCGAUCAUGGAGAGCCGAUUCUCUUUACGAGUGAGCGUCUUUUCAGACCAGGGGGGCAGGAAAUACAUGGAGGAUGUAACCGAGAUUGCGGUGGAGCCCGAGCCGGGCGAAGAGGAGCUAGCGCUGACCGGAGCCGGGGAAACAAAAGAGGGAACCGGUGUUUCGGUCGAAAACACGCCGGGGCCGGGGAAGAUCGCCUCGGCCGGCGGUGUAACAGAGCAAGGCGGUUUUAAAAACACUAACGGCCCGUCUGCUAGGAACGCCAGUAGAGAUACAAGGAAACACAACAUUGUAAUUGAGAACUACGAAAGUUCACAAGCAACAGAAACCGUGGACGGUAACGCUACUAAUCCAAGCUCCCGGAGCGGGAGGUCAGUGGGGUUUUUCGCAGUAUUUGACGGGCACGGGGGCCGGGAGGCUGCCCAGUAUGCCCGUGAUCAUUUAUGGGAUUUGAUAAAGAAACAGCGAGGGUUUUGGUCGGCGGAUUCCGGAGAGGUUUGUGCUGCUAUCAGCAAGGGCUUCGUUGCUUGCCAUAAUGCAAUGUGGAGAAAGCUACCGGAGUGGCCAAAGACCAUCACAGGGCUUCCGAGCACGUCGGGAACCACUGCAAGCGUGGUGGUGAUCCGGGGGGACAAGAUGUUUGUGGCGCAUGUAGGGGACUCUGGGGUGGUAUUGGGGGUGCAGGAUGACCCCAAAGAUGACUUCAUCCGUGCUGUGGAGCUCACACAGGACCAUAAACCCGAGCUUCCCCGCGAGAGGCAGAGGAUUGAGGGGCUGGGCGGCAGUGUGAUCAGGAAGUCGGGGGUGAACCGGGUGGUGUGGAAGCGUCCUCGUCUGCCCCAUAGUGGCCCCGUGAGGAGGAGCACUGUUAUUGACCAGAUCCCCUUCCUCGCUGUGGCUCGAGCCCUGGGUGACCUGUGGAGCUAUGACUUCUACAGCAGGGAGUUUGUGGUGUCGCCGGAGCCUGACACGAGCGUGCUCACCCUGGACCCGCGGAUACACCGCUACAUCAUCCUGGGCAGUGACGGGGUGUGGAACAUGAUCCCUCCACAGGACGCUGUGUCAAUGUGCCAGGACCAUGAGGAGGAGACACAGGUGAGCUGCACUUCUGCACGCUUCUCAAAGCAAAGGGAAAACCUGAGAGACUUCAUGUGAACUUCUGAACUGCUAUGUAUCUUGUUCUGUAUACAUUUU